AUGGCUGAACUCGCCACGCAAGAGGUGAAACUCUUCGGUAAAUGGUCGUUCGACGACGUCGAGGUACGUUUUAGCGAAAUUCGUGCAUAUCUUUGUUCUCGCAUCAACGACAUCUCUUUAGAAGAUUACAUCGCGGUGAAACCAAAAUAUGCCACCUUCGUCCCGCACUCUGCCGGUCGAUACGCGGCGAAACGAUUUCGAAAAGCCCAGUGCCCGAUUGUGGAACGCAUCGUGAACUCGCUGAUGAUGCACGGACGCAACAACGGUAAGAAAUUAAUGGCGGCGAGAAUUGUCAGACACGCGAUGGAUAUCAUCUUCUUAUUAACGGACCAAAAUCCAUUACAAGUGGUUGUCGAUGCCAUCAUCAACGCUGGACCGAGAGAAGACGCCACGCGCGUCGGCUCCGCCGGCGUCGUUCGAAGACAAGCGGUGGACAUCUCCCCGUUGAGAAGAGUCAACGACGCCAUUUACUUGUUGACGACGGGCGCGAGAGAAGCCGCGUUCAGAAACGUCAAGACGAUGGCGGAAUGCUUAGCGGAUGAAUUGGUGAACGCCGCGAAAGGGAGCUCGAACUCGUACGCGAUUAAGAAGAAGGACGAGUUGGAAAGAGUCGCCAAGGCCAACAGAUAA